AUGCACUUUCCUUGCUCACUAAAUCCCACAUCAUUUGAAUCCUUGACUGAAACCCUCAAAUUUCCGAAUGAGAGUUGGAAGCAAUGGUGGUGCAAAACUGGCCCAAUCCUAGUGAAGCUUCUGAUAUCGUCAAACUAUAGCAUCGAGCGGCAACACCAGUAUCUUGAGUUCUACGCCCGUGUCGUUGUUCCUUUUCUGGGGCCCUAUCCACAAGUUGUUCGAAGUACUCUUACCCGGAGUGGUCUUCCUGUGGAGUUUAGUGCCAACUACCAACAACAUGGAAAGCAACCAACUGUUCGUAUAGCUUUUGAGCCCCUCAGUGGAGCGCGAGGUACCGAGGCUAUUGCCUACGAUCGAGAUAUAGCAAAGGAGUUUCUCUCCACCUUGUCGGAACUGGAUCUCAAAGGGUUCGAUUCGCGAUUAUGGGAUACAGUCUCUCGAAACAUACAUAUUAAUGCGACCGAAAAAGUCAUACUGGAAAAGAACAGAGUCGAUGACACAUAUGUGAGAACGCAAACACUGUUCGGUUUUGACUUUGUCGGAGAUGGUCCUAUAUCGGUCAAAGUCUAUGCCUUUCCGGGAUUGAAAUGCAAAGUAUCUGGGCAGUCUUCACGAGAAUUACUGACCAACACGGUUAAAGACCUACAGAGGCAAGUAGACUGCGCUGAGGUGUUUUCAAUGGUGGACCGUUACCUGCAAGAGUCUAACUCAUAUAACCCGUAUACUUUCUUCUCAUGGGACUGCAUCGAGCCGUUAAAAUGUCGCCUCAAGGUCUAUAUGUGCUCAGCCAGUAUGACGCGGGCGAAGCUUGAAGAGGUCUGGUCCCUGGGCUCUCGGCUGCAGGGCCCAUCUGUGGACAACGGGUUGCGGUAUCUCUUGCAACUCUUUGACCAUAUCCAGAUCCCGGACAGAGAGCUUGAGAUUAAAGUAGAACAUGACGAUCGAAGCGACACCUCCAAGACAACCCCGUUGAUGUGGAAUUACGAGAUGCGAAGCGGAGAUCCAUCGCCGUUGACCAAGAUCUACUUACCUGUGCAUGGUGAGAAUGACCUAAAAAUUGCUAUCGGGAUUGCACAUUUCAUGGAGGAAAUUGGCAUGGUUAACAUAGGUAAAUCCUAUUUGGAUAUGAUUCAAUCUUACUUCCCUGAAAAUGAUCUUGAGAAGACGGACCGUCUGACAUCUUGGAUUUCUUUUGCCUUUACGGAGAAGAUCGGAGUCUAUAUAAGCAUCUAUUACCAUUCUUCUAUUGACAAUCCAUGGAAAACAUAA